GUAACCUGAACUUCUCAAAUUGCUUGCAACUUCCGUUACAGCCUCAGGACUGUAAGAUCAUAACACUGAAUCUCUUCAAUUCAGCCCAGCACAGGAGAGGAUUGCAGUCUUCUCAGAACAGCGCACGGACCUCAAUGACGUGGCUCGGAACCUAGAUUAAGCUAUACAAUUGGAGAAGAUCUGACGAUCGUAAUUAUGGGACACCCAAACAUGUCCGAGUUGUAUUACCCCAGCCAAACCCUUGGCAACCCUUAUAUAGCCAUAGAAGAUAUAAUCGGUUCUCAGAACAUCAUCUCCAGAGUCAUGCACAGCUACCUUGGCAUACUAGUUCCACUUGGCUUACUCGCUGGUAUCUUCAGUCUUGCCAUUUUAAUCAAGAACAAGAUAAAGCAUCAAACAAUGGAAAAUCUGGACUUCUAUCUUUUCUGUUUGGCAAUUACAGACAUCACAAUUAUCCUGUAUUCUUUAACGUCUUCAGCAAGACCAGGCUAUUUGGAAAUAUCAAACAUGAGCUGUGCGGUUCUGUGUUUAUUCUUCAACAUAAGCUAUUUCUUUUCUCAGUACUUGCUACUAGUGAUGCUUCUCAUGUUACUUGUAGACACAUCUGCUGCUGGAUCUCGAAUGAUAAAAGUCAUUACUAAUUGGUUGGGAUGUUUAUCUCUGACUUUGAUAUUCUCUAUAACAUUGUCUCUGGUAACUGUGUCACUCUUAGGAACAUACAAUAAUCUUCACAACAUAACAUACUGCCAGCUGGAUCCAUUGAAUGCCAGUCCAAAGUAUGACCUAGUUAAGUUCUCCAUUGGAUUCUGUGUGCCAUCACUCAUCGUCUUAGUUCUCUUUGUUCUACUGGUUGUUCAGGUGCAAAGACGAGAUCAAGUCACAGUGAAAGAAAAGCUCCAUGGUUCUUUGGUUGUUCUACUUGGUAUAGCCAUUAUGUUUGCAUGCCGGCUUUUCUACAAUAUUAUGCUCCUUAGGAGAAUGAGGUUAAAGAUUGUUGGGUUCUAUUUGUCUCCCAGAGAGGAGCUAGUCAUGAACAUUGCAGAGCUGGUAAUAUUUAGUGGUAGCUGUAUAAGACUCAUCUGCACAAUGACCUUGCACAAACCAUGUUGGGAUGAAGCCAAGAAAUCCUUGCAGUUCUUCAAGAAUAUGUGUACAACAGAAACAUCGAACAGUGUUAUCUAGCUGAUUUUCUUGAACAAACGACUCCACACCAAAAGAAUCACAGACAACAGAUUUCCAUUGCUCGCACUACUCCUCGGAGAAUGGGAAAUUACAAAUGCCUAGAGUCACCCUAAAAUCAGCUGGGUCUACCUUAUGCAUCUACAGUAUGGAACUCACGACCAUCCAUUGCCUGGAAAGCACCCUCUCUGGAAGUUUUUAAAAACCGACUCAAGACACAUCUAUUCACCCAGGCUUAUAGCAAUACCUGACAAGCCCUUCUCUUCGAUAACCCCAAAACCCGUUUGAAUAGUGCCAAGUUUCUAGGGAGAAAAACGUUAUAGAAAUGUUAUUAUUAAUAUUAUUGUUUGCAAAAAAAUAUGUAGCUCUCUAUCUUGUAAUACACCAAUGUCACGAAGCA